AUGGACGGUACACUCACUUUCGACGGGCUUGAGACUGCCGCCAAGGUCUUUUGCGCCCACGAUGGCGAGAUGUCUCCGAUGCUCAUUGCGCGCAGCGAGCCGCUGAUCGCGUGGCGUGAUGACGAGACGCUCAACGGCCGCCAGUUCCACGUCGUUUUCGGUGCCACGUUCGAUGGCGGUCCUCGGAAUUCAGCGACGCUGGCUGCGAUCUUCUUCGUCCGACGUACCCUCUGUCGCGCGCAGGCGCUGCGCAGCACGACUGGUGAUCUUGGCAUCCAGACGGUCGGCAUUUCCGAUGCGUUCUCCAUUGGACCUUCCCAGGAUCUCACGCUCGAUGGCGAAGUGUAA